GAGCGGCAGCGGCAGCGGCAGCGGGAGCAGGAGCAGGACCAGCCGCUGCCACUGUCCGGGAAGCUCUCUCCUCCUUGGGCCACUCCAGGCACAGGCCGUGGGAGGCCUGCAGGUUAGAGGUAGAGACAUUCUAACACCCCGCAUCUUUUGGAGAACCCAAAUCUUGCCUCAAUCACAAAGAAGCUAGACAUAGACGCAGAUGUAAGUGUCCAGUUCAUCUCAUCUGUUCAUGCAGAUUUGCUAGGAUUUCUGCCAAGUUAACAAAGGCACUUUAAAACCUCCCAGGCAAACUUCAAAGGUAUUUUUUUGACCCAAAGUGAUUGCUCAGCCUCCCUAACUGUCAUGGGUUGUCGGGAUGUCCACGCAGCGACAGUGCUGUCCUUCCUGUGUGGUAUUGCCUCUGUGGCAGGACUCUUUGCUGGGACUAUGCUUCCUAACUGGAGGAAAUUGAGAUUAGUCACCUUCAACAAGAAUGAGAAGAACCUGACGGUCUACACAGGGCUUUGGGUGAAAUGCGCCCGCUACGAUCGGAGCAGUGACUGUCUGAUGUAUGAUACAAAGUGGUAUUCCUCCGUUGACCAACUGGAUCUGCGGGUUCUUCAGUUUGCCCUCCCCCUCAGCAUCAUCAUCGCCAUGUCCGCACUCUUACUUUGUCUGAUUGGGAUGUGUAACACAGCCUUCGGGUCAACCGUGCCCAACAUCAAACUGGCCAAGUGUCUGGUCAAUAGUGCAGGCUGCCACUUGGUGGCAGGGCUCCUGUUUUUCUUUGCAGGUGUGGUGAGCCUCACCCCAACCAUCUGGGUCAUCUUCUACAACAAUCACCUGAACAAGAAGUUCGAACCCGUCUUUUCGUUUGACUAUGCAGUGUAUGUCACCAUUGCUAGCUCAGGGGGCCUGUUUAUGACCUCCCUCUUGCUGUUUCUUUGGUACUGUGCAUGCAAAGCUCUGCCUUCUCCUUUCUGGCAGCCCCUGUACUCCCACACUCCCAGCAUGCAUAGCUAUUCUCAGCCCUAUUCAGCCAGAUCUCGCCUCUCUGCCAUUGAAAUCGACAUCCCAGUGGUUACCCAUACCACUUAAUGGGAAAAUAGUUUGUUUUUAAGGAAAACUUUUAAACCAUUCACAAAGCAAUGUCUGCAACCUGCCCACAAUUUGUCUCGUCUCUGACUAGACCAGGUUGCCGUGUUUUUACAGUCUGAUCCAAUGAAGUAACUUAACUAUUGCUAACUAAUUUUCAUAAAAUGUACAUUUUAU